AUGGAAGUUACAGAAGAAAUCAAGUUGAUCACCAUGGAAGAUUUCACUAAAAUGGGAAUAAAAUGUUUCAAGCUCAUUGGAUUGAAUUUAGAAUCCAGGAAAGAAGUUACAAAAAAACAAAAAGCUUUCAUGCUUCUCGGUGAAUUUCACUUCUUUUUGUAUUUGAUUAACAUUUUUUUGGUUAUUUGUGGGAUGCUUGUUUAUGCAUAUAAAAAUUUGCAUGAUAUAAAGAUCGUUGCCAGAGUGCUACCAAAUUUAACUAACGCACCUUACUUGGCUAUAAAAUUGUUUGUGUUUUACUGGAAUCGUGACAAGAUAAAAGAUGCUUUGAGUAUCCUAGAAGAAUCAUUCCCGAAAACUGAAGAAGACCAAUUAAAUUUAAAUGUUCAAACAUAUUUGAAAGAAGUGAAAAUGUUCGUCAAAGGUUUUGGAUUUCUUAUCAUCGUUCUCCAAGUUGUUUUAAUUAUCUCUCAAGUUGUUUUGAUAUUUAUGUUUGGCACAACGAAACUUCCCUUGGAUAUUUGGUUGCCAUUUUCCUACGAAAAUUUUAUUAUUUUUGGGGCUGUAAGCUUAUGGAUGGAUUGGUUAUGUUUAGUUAUUUCAGUUGGCGCUUAUGCAGCUGAUAUUAUUUUGUUUGCUACAAUUUCUCUAACUUCAAUAUUACUUUGUUUUAUUAUUUUUCUUUUGUCCUCAAGCAGAGACAUAUCAACUUUUGUUCUUUAUUUUCCCUACCUUGGAACAAGUUUGAAUCAGAUUUUAUUGUUUUGCUUUUUGGGACAAAAGAUUGCCAACUCAAGCUCAUCUGUUGCCAUCGGAAUCUACAAUAGCAAAUGGCAUCAAAUUAAGAGCCUUAAGAUUCGAAAAGCUCUCCUUAUGAUCUUAAUUAGAUCACAGAAACCAAGUGCAUUGACAUUGAAAAAGUUUGGCGUUAUGUCUUUUGAGACUUUUACGAAAAUUUUGGCUGCUGCUUACUCCUACUUCACUUUGAUGAAGAGUUUCAUAAUAGUGAUUCAAUGUAAUGUAGGGUAG